GGGGCUGCCCGGGCAGGCAGCGGCAGCAGCAGCAGCGCCGGGAGGGUUAAUCCGCCAAGUAAACGUAGUUUUGGGCUUGUCAGUUUCCGAUUCGAGACCCGGGAAAAAAAGUCACGCCUGGCGAGCGAGCGAUCGGGCGGGCAGAGCAGCGGAGGCGGCGGCGGCGGCGGCGGCGGCAGCAGCAGCCCAGGCGAACAUGAAAAGGGAAAAGGAAAUCAAUUGGGAGAUGGACAAUGCUGAAGAGGUGCUCUUGGUCAAUGGCAGCUGCAGCGACCCUGCUGAAGAGACCAGCGACCCAGCUUUGGAAGUCAAAGGGAAGAGGAAGAACACAGAUGAUGACAGCCUAGAAACACUGUCAUGCAAGAUGAAGGGGAAGAAGGAGAAGGAGAAGAAAGACAAUUCCAAGGACGCUUCCAAGGAAGGCCAGGAGGUGCGGAUACGGGGAACAGCCGGCUGGGAGAACAGCUUGCGGCAGAAGCCUCCUCCCCGUAUAGUCUUCCAGGCAGGACCAGUUUCUGAGGAGAAGAAGCUGAAGGACGACGUGGAGAGUGUGGAAGGCUUCAAGGAGCGCCACAAAAUCAGAUAUUCCAGGAGGAUCUCUGCAGGCGUCCAGAUCGACUUCUCGGAGGAUAGUGCCGCAGACCUCUGGCAAAGCACCAACAGUGGCAGCACCAGAGUCCCAAAUGGAUGUCCGCCACACCCCACAAGAGUUCUGAGGAGUUCUGAAGAAUACCAGGACGGGAAGGAUUUUAGGAUCGGAGAGCUUGUCUGGGGGAAGAUCAAGGGCUUCUCUUGGUGGCCGGCCAUCAUCGUGUCCUGGAAAGCCACAGCUAAGCGCCAGGCGGCCCCAGGGAUGCGCUGGGUGAAGUGGUUUGGGGACGGCAAGUUCUCUGAGGUCUCCGCAGACAAACUGGUGAGCCUGGUGGCGUUUCACGAGCAUUUCAACACCACCACAUUCCACAAGUUGGUGUCCUAUCGGCAAGCCAUUCUGCAUGUUUUGGAGGUUGCAAGCAGCCGGGCUGGCAAGGUUUUCUCGAGCGCUCCGGGAGAUUCUCUGGAAGAGAAGGUGAAGCCGAUGGUGGAGUGGGCGAGGAAUGGCUUCAAGCCAGCGGGAAGCAAAGGACUGAGGCCACCCAAGAGCUCAGAGAGCAAAGUGCUGAGCAAGAGCAGCGCCGAAGAGCCCCCCGCUCCAGAUCCCACCCCCCCUCCAAAGCGGCUCAAGACAAACGUCUCCAAUGGCAGCAACAAAGAGCAAGUGGAAGAGAGCCAGGGCCGAGGCUGGCUGGCUGCUGAAGUCAGGAACAACAUGAAGAGCCUGGAAGACAGCUGUUUAUCAUGUGGGAAGAAGAAUCCGGUAACCUUCCACCCACUGUUUGAAGGGAGUCUCUGCAGCAUCUGCCAGGAUCGGUUCCUGGAGUUUUUCUACAUGUAUGAUGAUGAUGGAUACCAGACCUACUGUGCCAUCUGCUGCGAGGGGAGCGAACUGUUACUCUGUGGCAAUGCCAAUUGCUUUAGGUGCUUCUGUGUGGAUUGCUUGAACGCCCUGGUGGGGCAAGGUGCAGCUGACGAGGCCAAGCAAGAAGAGCCCUGGAGCUGCUACAUGUGCCAGCCGCAGAAGCGCUAUGGGGUGCUGCAGCGGAGGGAGGACUGGAACACCCGUCUGAAGGAAUUCUUCACCAAUGACCAAGGGCAGGAUUAUGAAGCGCCAAAAAUAUUCCCUGCCAUCCCAGCAGCAAAAAGAAGGCCAAUCAGAGUGUUGUCUCUCUUUGAUGGCAUUGCAACAGGAUAUCUGGUUCUGCGGGAUCUAGGCAUUAAAGUGGACAAAUACAUUGCCUCUGAGAUCUGUGAAGACUCCAUUGCUGUGGGAACUGUGCGGCAUGAAGGAAACAUCAAAUACGUGCAUGAUGUCAGGAACAUAACCAAGAGAAAUAUUGAUGAGUGGGGUCCUUUCGACUUGGUGAUUGGCGGAAGCCCCUGUAAUGACCUCUCUACUGUGAAUCCUGCCAGGAAGGGCUUAUAUGAAGGGACUGGACGGCUGUUCUUUGAAUUCUACCACCUCCUUAAUUAUGCACGCCCCAAAGAUGGAGAAGAACGUCCCUUCUUCUGGAUGUUCGAGAACGUUGUAGCUAUGAAAGUGAAUGACAAGAGGGACAUAUCUCGUUUUCUGGAGUGUAACCCUGUUAUGAUUGACGCCAUCAAGGUCUCGGCUGCGCAUAGAGCUCGGUAUUUCUGGGGCAACCUGCCUGGCAUGAACAGACCCCUGGUAGCUUCAAAGACAGAUAAACUUGAACUUCAAGAGUGCCUGGAAUACAGUCGCAUAGCAAAGUUAAAGAAAGUCCAGACCAUCACUACAAAGUCCAAUUCAAUCAGGCAGGGGAAAGCACAGACUCUCCCAGUGCGCAUGAACGGCAAAGAUGACAAUUUGUGGUGCACUGAACUAGAAAGGAUCUUUGGUUUCCCUCUCCACUAUACCGAUUUAUCCAAUAUGGGCCGGGGAGCUCGUCAGAAGCUGCUGGGCAGGUCAUGGAGCGUCCCUGUCAUCCGCCACAUCUUUGCCCCACUCAAGGAUUAUUUUGCCUGCGACUAGCCAGGUGGGGUGCCCAGGUCUCCUCUGCUGGAGAUGCCCUGAGAGGGAAGGACAACAUGAGCCAGCAAUUUUGCCCUCUUUCAAGUGUUCUCCCCAUGGGCACUGGAAGGAAAGAGCAACUUUAUGAGGAGACCGUAGGGGGAGCUU